AUGAAACAAGCAGCCAACUGUGGACCGGGGCUCAACCGUGCCGGAUAUAAUCUGAUGUUAAACAUGUACCUGCCAGACGCAGCCCAUGACAACCUCCUUAAGGACGGAAAGCAAGGAACGUGGGGAGCGCUGAGUCCCGGCGUACAAAAAGGAACUCUGGACAUCACCGUCACCAGGAAGAGGUGUACCAUUAGCAUCCCCUGCCUGAGGGUGACCUCCUGCUCCGAAGUGUUCCUGACACUCACUGUCAUCCUGUCUGCCUGUACAACCAAGGGCUUCUACAGUUCAGGCCUCACCAGUACCCCAGCAGGGAGUGGGCAGAUCCAGUUGUGGCAGUUCCUCCUGGAGCUGUUGUCUGACAGCACCAACGUCAACUGCAUCGCCUGGGAAGGAACCAACGGCGAGUUCAAGCUGACUGAUCCGGACGAGGUGGCCAGGCGCUGGGGCGAACGCAAGAGCAAACCCAACAUGAACUACGACAAGCUGAGCCGCGCCCUCCGCUACUACUACGACAAGAACAUCAUGACCAAGGUUCACGGGAAACGCUACGCCUACAAGUUCGACUUCCAUGGGCUGGCACAGGUGUGCCAGCCUUCUGCAGCUGAGCAUGCCCUCUACAAGCUGCAGAGUAACCUCACCCACAUCCCCUUCUCUGAGAUCCCCAAGCUCAACGUCACCCCCUCGGGAUUCUCCUACUGGUCAGGGUCAACCCCUACCCUCUACCCAGGGCAUGGGCUGCAGAGCCCGGCCCACUUCAGUCCCGUGGGUGGGUCACACCUCAGUGGCAUCAGUAACAUUACCAGCAUCAAUAACCUCAACGGCCCCUACCACUGA